AUGACUGGCCGUCUGAUAUUCGUACUUGAUGUCGUCGAACAAAUGAUAAUAUUUGUUAGUGUUCAUCACGCCGUAAGGCUACGGUACCGACGACCAUUUUGCGCACGGAUGUAUUCCGUCUUCACUAGCCCGAGACUAGUUCCCUGGCGAGCCGAAUCAGGACCUGCAUCUCGAAUUCCCAAUGCUUUCCGCGUCUAUGAGCCGGCAGUGGCUCAAGACUCCUUUGAUUUUCAACACCUUGUAGUCUUCUCGGAACUUGUUAUGAUUUCCAUGGCACUCAGAUACAGUUCUUGUGAGUAUCACGGGUGA